AUGUUUUGGUCAGCCUUUCUGCAGUGUGACCCGAACUCGGUCUUCUUCGGGUUCAUGGGUAUUACCUCCGCCAUCGUUUUUGCCAAUCUUGGUGCCGCCUAUGGAACGGCUAAGAGCGGAGUCGGUGUCAGCAGUGUGGGUGUGAUGCGACCCGAUUUAAUUAUGCGGUCAAUUCUGCCUGUUAUUAUGGCGGGUAUCUUGGGUAUUUACGGUCUUAUUAUAUCCAUCGUCAUCUCCUCCGUUAUGGGAUCUCCUGAUGUCUAUUCAGCUUAUGCAGGUUUCGGACAUCUGGCUGGAGGGCUUGCCGUUGGUUUAAGUGCAUUGGCUGCUGGUCUUGCAAUUGGAAUCGUUGGAGAUGCAGGUGUCCGUGCUAACGCCCAGCAGCCCAAGCUUUUCUUUGGCGUUACUCUCAUUCUCAUUUUCGCCGAAGCUAUUGGCCUUUAUGGUUUGAUUAUUGCGUUGGUUAUCGUCACAAGGAAGGUUGACGGGCUCUGCACGAGCUACAAGCAGGCGUCGUAA